AUGCUUUAUGUUUAAGAAAGUAGUGGUUACAGAAAAUCUGUACGAAAUAGUUUAUCUUCUAGUCGAAAUCAAUAAACAAAGAUCAAAACUAGUUAAUAAUGUGAGGAUAUUUUACUUAAUAUAAAUUCAAUGAUGAAUAAAUUAGAUUAUUUGUAAUAGUCAAUUGAAAAUAGAAAUCAUUAUACAAAAGUACAAUUAAAGAAAUACAUUCCUUAAAACUACUUAAAUGAAGGUAUACAAAAAUUGAGAAAUAAUAACUAAAAUAUCUGUGUAAUAGGAGAUAAAGAAAAUAAUAAUGAGAAAUUGAAUUGUUAUAAUUUGAUAAAUCAAUUAGAAAUCCCAUAUAAAACAAAAUCAGAUUUCUCUCGAAGAAGAUCUUUUGCUAAUUGA